UUUCUGAGCGCUCGGCAUCUGAUUCAAUUUCCAGUUUCCUGUUCUUGCUGGGGAUGGUGUCUCUCCUUUAACAAAGACACGCCCCGCGGCGGAGUCCCAGGGCCGCCGAGGCCUGGCGCGCACGCGCACGCGCACGCGCACGCACACGCCCACCGCGCGGGUUCCAGAGGUCCCAGGUGCUGAGGAGAGAGAGAACGCGAGGGACUGCGCCGCCCGGACGGCCUGCAGAGCGCUGCCAUCAUGAGUGAAAUUCCUAAGGACACCUUGAAGGCCAUUCUGUUGGAGUUAGAAUGUCAUUUUACAUGGAAUUUACUUAAGGAAGACAUUGAUCUGUUUGAGGUGGAAGAUACAAUUGGGCAACAGCUUGAAUUUCUUACCACAAAAUCUAGACUUGCUCUUUAUAACCUAUUGGCCUAUGUGAAACACCUAAAAGGCCAAAAUAAAGACGCCCUUGACUGCUUGGAACAAGCAGAAGAAAUAAUCCAGCAAGAACACUCAGACAAAGAAGAAGUACGAAGCCUGGUCACUUGGGGAAACUAUGCCUGGGUGUAUUAUCACAUGGACCAGCUUGAAGAAGCUCAGAAGUAUACAGGUAAGAUAGGGAAUGUCUGCAAGAAAUUGUCCAGUCCUUCUAACUACAAGUUGGAGUGUCCUGAGACUGACUGUGAGAAAGGGUGGGCACUCUUGAAAUUUGGAGGAAAGUAUUAUCGAAAGGCUAAAGCGGCUUUUGAGAAGGCUCUGGAAGUGGAGCCUGACAAUCCAGAAUUUAACAUCGGCUAUGCUAUCACAGUGUAUCGGCUGGACGAUUCUGAUAGAGAAGGGUCUGUAAAGAGCUUUUCUCUGGGGCCUUUGAGAAAGGCUGUUACCCUGAACCCAGAUAACAGCUACAUUAAGGUUUUUCUGGCACUGAAGCUUCAAGAUGUACAUGCAGAAGCUGAAGGGGAAAAGUAUAUUGAAGAAAUCCUGGACCAAAUAUCAUCCCAGCCUUACGUCCUUCGUUAUGCAGCCAAGUUCUAUAGGAGAAAAAAUUCCUGGAACAAAGCUCUCGAACUUUUAAAAAAGGCCUUGGAGGUGACACCAACUUCUUCUUUCCUGCAUCACCAGAUGGGACUUUGCUACAGGGCACAAAUGAUCCAAAUCAAGAAGGCCACACACAACAGACCUAAAGGAAAGGAUAAACUAAAGGUUGAUGAGCUGAUUUCAUCUGCUAUAUUUCAUUUCAAAGCAGCCAUGGAACGAGACUCUAUGUUUGCAUUUGCCUACACAGACCUGGCCAACAUGUAUGCUGAAGGAGGCCAGUAUAGCAAUGCUGAGGACAUUUUCCGGAAAGCUCUUUGUCUGGAGCACAUAACCGAUGAUCACAAACAUCAGAUCCAUUACCACUAUGGCCGCUUUCAGGAAUUUCACCGUAAAUCAGAAAAUACUGCCAUCCAUCAUUAUUUAGAAGCCUUAAAGGUCAAAGACAGAUCGCCCCUUCGCACCAAACUGACAAGUGCUCUGAAGAAAUUGGCUACCAAGAGACUUUGUCACAAUGCUUUAGAUGUGCAGAGUUUAAGUGCCCUAGGGUUUGUUUACAAGCUGGAAGGAGAAAAGAGGCAAGCUGCUGAGUACUAUGAGAAGGCACAAAAGAUAGAUCCAGAAAAUGCAGAAUUCCUUACUGCUCUCUGUGAGCUCCGACUUUCCAUUUAAAUACAUACUCUAGGAAAUUAGCUCUAAGUUUUUCCCUCCAUUUUGGGUUCUUCUGUUUUUUUUUUUUUAUUGUUUUAAUCCAUUGUUUAUUAUAGAGCUAAUAUUUAUUGAAUAGUUAUUGUGUACCAAGCAUUGUACUAAAUAUAUGCAUUAUGAUGAA